CUUUCAAAUCUCAAUCAAAGCACUCAAGCUUUCUUCUGUAUUACUCUCUUUAAGAUUUUCUUCACACAGCAAUGGAUGCUACUAAGACAACUAAAGGUGCCGGAGGAAGAAAGGGUGGCCCAAGGAAGAAGUCCGUCACCAAGUCAAUCAAAGCUGGUCUUCAGUUUCCAGUCGGUCGUAUUGGUCGUUACUUGAAGAAGGGUCGAUAUGCUCAGCGUGUAGGAUCUGGUGCUCCAAUUUAUCUCGCUGCUGUUCUGGAAUACCUUGCUGCUGAGGUGUUGGAGUUGGCUGGAAAUGCGGCCAGAGACAACAAGAAGAGCAGAAUCAUUCCUAGACAUGUGCUUUUGGCAGUGAGGAAUGAUGAAGAGUUGGGAAAAUUGUUGGCUGGAGUUACAAUUGCAAGUGGAGGUGUUCUUCCUAACAUUAACCCAAUUCUGUUGCCUAAGAAAUCCGCAGUUGCCGAUGAGAAGGCACCUAAAGCCAAGGCAGCAAAGUCGCCAAAGAAGGCAUAAGACUCAUUUAGAAGUUUCAUCGUCGGGUUAAAUAUGCGGCAAUCUUUUGUCUAGUUUAUCGGUACUUCUAGUAGUAGGAUGUAGAUUUCUGUUAUGGUUUGAUAACCUUGGUGUAACGUGCUUGGAAAUAUAAUAGAAAUUAUCUCAUUUUCUAUCA